AUGAAAAAUUAUGUGAUAAGUGCUGCAGAUCAAUUAAUCAUUUAAUCAGGUACAAUAAGUUAUUCUAGUAUGAGGAACACCAUUCAGUUGUGAGAUCGUUCAUCCUGGACAAUCUUGUGAAAUGAACAUUUUAUUGAAGUAAGAAUAAUCGGAAAUACUUUUUAAAGUCUUCCAAGAAUCAUGAAAUCUAAUGCCAAAGUGUAUUUACCAGUUCACUUAAUCCCUUUUCUACUCUAUAAAAGAAAACAGCUUAUUAAGAAGUAUCAAAAUUCCUAUAUAUCUAAUAGCCCUAUUUCUACUAUUAGUAGAGCUCUUGUAUCAUAUUUUAAAAGUAUUUGCUUCCUUUCUUUUAUGGUUCAAAUUCUUCGAUACAAUUGGUGCAAAUAAAAAAAUCUCCUUAAAAAGGUUGAUCCAUUUGUUCCAUCAUCUGGUGGGUUUAUAAGUUCAUUUGCUCUACUUCUAGAAUCCAAUACAAGGUACUUUUGCAAUCAUAAUACAGGGCAAUGGAAAUUUGUUUAAGCAUUGUUCCUAGAUUUUGUGAAACAGUCGUAAACUUAUUAAAAAGCAGAGGAAAAAUGAUUAACAUCCCUCAUGGAGAUGUUAUUGUUUUUUCAUUUGUUAUUGCUAUUAUACAUUAUUAUUAUUAACAUGAUGUAAGAUUGCUUAAUCAUAUUAGCCAAAAUCUUUAAAAAGCACAUAUUAUAAAGUAUUUGAAAAAAUAUGGGGAAUAAAUUGA